AACUGAUAGCAGUGAUAGCGUUAUCAAUAAAAUUGUUGGCCCUAAAUAGCAUAGUUAAAUCGGUUAAAAAUGAAGAAUUUAAAAUCUGUAAAGAAGUAUGAAAAACGGUUGUCAAAUUCGGAUUCUGCGUCAAAAAAGGCCCUAAAAUCAUACAAGCUUUACCCUUAUUUCAUUAGAGACGAAGAUGAAAUAAUUAUCCGUUGCCGUCUGUUGCCCACUAUGUGAUUUUCAAGUAAACAAAAAAAUAACUUUAAAACGAAUUACUUACAUGAAAUCAUGUGAAUUGUAAAGAAUGUUAAAAUGUGUGCUAAAUCAUGUUCUGCGGAAGUCGCUGCGUAUUCUAGUGAUCACUCAAAGGGGUUUCAGCACCUCGAAAUGUACGUAUGCAAACUAUUAUGAAGUAUUGAAUGUACAGCCAAAUGCAACCCAGAAAGAAAUCAAGGAAGCAUAUUUAGAAUUAUCGAAACAAAAUCAUCCCGAUUUGAAUCCGAAUGAUCCGGGUUGCCACAAUCGCUUUAUUAAGCUGCAAGAGGCUUACCAAGUACUUAGAAAUUCUUCCAUUAGAAAAGAAUAUGAUGUGAGAACCGGCAGAACUAGGGAAGAGUAUUAUUAUCACAAAGAUGCUCGUCAGAAAUACAAUUUUUCAGCCACAAGAGAUGAAUGGAUCAGACGACAGAAUGAGAGAAUGGAAAGAGAAAUGAAAUUUGGAGAACAAUUCGACCAGAGGUUCGAUGAUCCAUUUUAUAACAAAAUUUACUAUAUGAUGCCUGAAGAAUUUCGAAUAUUUUCUAUAAGAAAAAAAAUGUUUUAUCGUUUCAUCAACAAGAGGGGUAUUAUACUUCUGUUGGGAGUGUCGGGCUUUUUCAUUUACUCGUAUUUUGCGAUUAUUAUAUUGGGAUCUUUGUUGUGUAUAUCUGACGACACUACCGAGGAAAAUAUUCGCAAAAAUGCGCAACUAAGGCGAGAAUAUCCAGAUCGAUAUUACUUUGGUCGGACAUAUGGGACGAGAAAUAAACUGAUGAGCGAUUUAGAAAAAUCUGAAAAGAAGGCUAAUGAAGUAAAAAAAUGAUUUUUUAAAUAUUGUAGUCGUGUUAUAGUUUCUAUUCAAUUAUACGUCUGUGAUGAACUAGAUAUAUCAAAGGUGCACUAGUUUUGUAUAGGUACUUUGUAUCCUUAUUGUUGCUAUUCGGUAAACCAAUUUCAGUUGUGUUUGUUUGAAUGAAAUGUUUAUUAAAUAAUCUGUGUUUUAUAA